AUGUCUGUGGAGGACGACAUCAGGAGCCAGUUCUCGUGCUCGAUCUGUCUGGACAUGUUCAAGGACCCCGUCACCACCGAGUGCGAGCACGACUUCUGCAGACCCUGUAUAACCGAGUAUUGGGACAGAGAGGAGACCUCCAUCUGCCCCUUGUGCCGGCAAUACUCCUCGGGCACCUUGAGAACUAACCGCACGUUGGCUUGCGUGGUGGAGAUCCUACACUCCAAAAAGCAGCCGUGCGGCGAGGAGUACGAGACCUCGUCCGACAGCAACUUCGGGUUCCUGCUGCUGGUGGUCCUCAUCUUCGUCAUCGUCCUCCUCUGGUCGCUGAGCCCGGACGCCUCGUCGCUGGGCUCGUACUCCAAGGACUACGACGUGUGCCCUCACCACAAGGAGAAGCUGAAGCUCUUCUGCGAGGAUGACCAGGAACUGAUCUGCCUCAUCUGUCGCGACUCCAACAAGCACAAGAACCACCGGGUAUUGCCCGUCAACGAAGCUGCUCGAUACUACAAGAACGAACUGGCCGCAACCCUCGAUUCACUGAAAGCAAAGAACGAGAAUCACCAGAUCCUAAAGUCCAACUACGAGGAGAACCUGACGCAUCUCAUGGACGAGGUAUCAGCCACGGAGCAGCACAUUGGCAAGAGCUUCGUGCACCUGCACGAGUUCCUGCGUGCGGAGGAGGAGAGGAUUAUGCAGGAGCUGCAGACUGAUGCCUGGCAGCGCUUCACGGUUCUACAGGAAGUGAUUUUACAGCUCGCCUUCGAGUCCACGUCGCUGGCGGAAACCAUACAGACUGUGGCAGAGGACAUCCUUCAGGAAGAUCCUAUCCUGUUUCUUAUGAAGCUGAAAAGCACACAAGAAAGGGUUAAGAUGAGCAUCUCCGAUCCCAAAGACGUGUCGGUGAAGGUGAACAACGCAAAGUACAAAUUCCUCCUGAUGUACAACUGCUGGAAAAGGCUCCUGUUUGAAAUGGGCGUCAACUACGAGUCCGUCAUCCUGGAUCCCGAGACGGCCCAUCACAGCCUAAUCCUGUUCGACAACCAAAGCAGCGUUGUAUCGGGCACCGGCCCCAAUGGGGCUCCCACCGGCCCCUCACGCUUCCUCGUCCACCCCUUUGUCCUGGCCAAGUGCGGCUUCUCCUCCGGCAUCCACUACUGGGAGGUGUCCGUGGGGAACAAGCCCGACUGGGUGCUGGGCAUCGCCAAGAAGUCGGUGAACCGCAAGACGGCAAUUCAACUGACGCCCCAAAACGGCUUGUGGGCGCUGGAGAAAACCAGCAUGUACUACCUGGCCCAUUCGCAGCCCCGGGUGCUCAUAUUCACAGGCGUCAAGCCCAAGAAAAUCGGAAUCUACCUGGACUACGAGAGUGGGCAGGUGUGUUUUUAUAAUGCGGACAACAUGUCCUUCAUGUACAUGUUCAAAGAUACCUUCACAGAGACGGUUUAUCCUCUUUUCAGUCCCGGAUUGGGUUUCAGGCCACUGCGAAUACUCCAUGUUAAUCCCUGA